AUGCCUUCAGGUGACUUGGUGUCUCUUGAGAUGCACCCUUCUACCAUGCCCACAUUUGGUACCAAGCAGGCCAAUACCAUCUGGAUUGAGUUUGUGACAACCAGUGAUGAUAACGUUGAAAGGAUUGUAGACAAGCGGAAGAACAAGAAGGGAAAAUGGGAGUACUUGAUCCGAUGGAAAGGGUACGGGAGCACCGAGGACACUUGGGAGCCGGAGCACCACCUCUUGCACUGUGAGGAGUUCAUCGAUGAGUUCAAUGGUCUGCAUGUGUCCAAGGACAAGAAGAUCAAGUCGGGGAAGCAGCCGAGUGCCUCCAAGCUCUUGCGUGACAGUCGAGGGCCGUCGGUCGACAAGCUGUCCCACAGACCUUCAGAAUCGGGAAAGAGCAAAGGGACUUCCCAUAAACGGAAGCGAAUAAACCCUUCGCUGCCCAAGCCAAAAAAAGGGUAUUCCACGAAACCCCCUGCCGGAGGUGACAGGGCCACCAAGACUGUGUCUUACAGGACUACUCCGAGUGGUUUGCAAAUCAUGCCCCUGAAGAAGGUUCAGAAUGGGAUGGAGAAUGGGGACGCCGGUUCCGAGAAGGAUGAGAGGCACUUUGGAAAUGGGUCUGAUCAGCCCGGCUUGGAUUUGAGUGACCACGUGGGUGAGCAUGAUGAGGGCGACAGUGAUGUGAACCACGAGCCACUGGUUGAGAACGGCCUUGGCUCUACACUGACCAACGGGCUGCACAGCCCCGUGAAGAGGAAGCUGGAAUCGGAGAAGGAUUACGUCUUUGACAAGAGGCUCAGGUACAGCGUCCGCCAGAACGAAAGCAACUGCCGGUUUCGAGACAUUGUGGUGCGGAAGGAAGAGGGGUUCACACACAUCCUGCUGUCCAGCCAGACCUCGGAUAAUAAUGCUCUGACACCAGAGAUCAUGAAGGAAGUCCGAAGAGCCCUCUGCAACGCAGCCACAGAUGACAGCAAACUUCUGCUCCUCAGCGCAGUCGGCAGUGUGUUCUGCAGCGGUUUGGACUAUUCCUACCUCAUUGGAAGACUGUCCAGCGACCGGCGGAAGGAGAGCACGCGGAUUGCAGAAGCUAUCAGGGACUUUGUGAAGGCCUUUAUCCAGUUUAAGAAGCCCAUUGUGGUGGCUAUCAAUGGGCCUGCCCUGGGCCUGGGCGCCUCCAUCCUGCCUCUGUGUGACAUUGUGUGGGCCAGUGAGAAGGCCUGGUUUCAGACUCCCUACGCUACCAUCCGCCUCACGCCGGCUGGCUGCUCCUCAUACACCUUCCCCCAGAUCUUGGGAGUUGCGCUGGCCAAUGAGAUGCUGUUCUGUGGAAGGAAGCUCACUGCCCAGGAAGCCUGCAGCCGGGGGCUUGUGUCCCAGGUCUUCUGGCCAACCACCUUCAGCCAGGAGGUCAUGCUGCGGGUCAAGGAGAUGGCGUCCUGCAGUGCUGUGGUGUUGGAGGAGUCCAAAUGCCUCGUUCGGAGCUUCCUGAAAUCGGUGCUUGAAGAUGUGAAUGAGAAAGAAUGCCUAAUGCUCAAGCAACUCUGGAGUUCCUCCAAAGGCCUCGACUCGCUGUUCAGCUACCUGCAAGACAAGAUUUAUGAGGUCUGAAGGGCCCUGGCUCACCUGGCCCAGAGCUCCCAGGGCGCCUGACUUCCAGCGUUGCCCUGUGUCUCAGAGAUCGGAGCACAGUGUAUGCCCUGCUGGCCAAGAAGCUUGUCAAGAUAUCUCUUUGUACCUAGGGUUGUGUCCAUUUCCUGUUGUCUUUUGAUUGCUCUUCAUUGGUUUGAUUUUUGUGUAACAGAUGGGAAUCAUAGAAUACUCAGCCUCCCCCCACUGGCCAGAGAGCUAUUGAGGGCUAUCUCUUCCAGGCUCUGCCAGAGAUCCCUGUCUUUUCCCCACUUGUUGAAAUGCACCACUGAGGUCCAGGAAGGGGGAGACCAAUGCCCCCUAUCCUUCUGACUCAGGCUGUGUCUGCACAGUGCCUCUGAUUGGGGGACCUGGCCGACAUGGUU